ACCGUGCUUUGGACGUCGACCUCCGCAGCGAGCCGCUCUCUGUCAAGCAAGGAAAAAAUGAAGUCAAUGAUUGCGUUGGUCUCCCUCGCCGUUAUGGCUGCUGUUGCGUCGGCUGGCUUCCUUGGAGGCGGCUAUGGUGGUUAUGGAGGCUACGGUGGUUAUGGAGGCUACGGUGGCUACGGAGGGUACGGCGGAUACGGAGGCGGCUACGGGGGAUAUGGAGGCGGCUACGGUGGAUACGGUGGCGGCUACGGCGGCUAUCCAGCUGGUCGGGCUUUCUCCUAUUCGACGUACAUUCAGCACCCAUCAUCCUAUGGUGGUUAUGGCGGCUACGGUGGAUACGGUGGAUAUGGAGGAUUCGGUAGCCGUGGUAGCUACGGAGGCUACGGUGGAUACGGAGGCUACGGACAUGGGCUUGGCCACGGCUACGGACAUAGCUACGGUCAUGGCCAUGGAUAUCAUGGCUGAAGAAACAAGUGUAGGACUGAUUGUCUCUCCACGCAAUCACCAAAGCCGUGCGUUGCGAAAGAUCGCGUCGCUGUGGCAUGCGUUGAGCUGUACUUUGUGGAGUCGUGCUUCACUGGACAAGACAUUCUUCCUCAUCCAGAAAAGGCACAAAAAUGAAAUGUGCCCUCUGUAUACACGUAAAGAAUAAAGUUUUACUGACUUAGGAUAUUUUAUUA